CUCACGGUCGCUCACCUAUCACUCAUCUCAAAACGACUUUUGGCGCUGAACUUUGUCUUCGACGUUCGUGAAGGUAGAAAAAAAAUGGACACAUAGUCCAUCUAGACGCGCACACAUUACAUACAAUGACCGAUUCCGCCUCCCAGCUUGCAAGUGAGGCAAAAUCAACCCACCAAAGUCUGAAAGAGCUUCUCAAAACUCACCUUCCAUGGGAUAAAGAGGUUGAAUUUCAAAGGAAGAGUCUGCGACGUUUGUAUCUGCGUCUAUUAUUCGUCGAGCCAUACGCAAAGGAGUCCAAGGAUGCGGAGACUCAUCUUUGGAUGCAGACCUCUUAUCAGUUUAUUUCGAACUACAAGCAGAACGUUGCAACUUUAGAUCGAACACUGCAAUCUGCGCCCCGCCAUCAGCCCAGGCAGGGUAAUCAUGGCCCGGUGGAGUAUCGCAAACUGAUGCAACGUUUCCGCCAGUUUCUUGCCGAAGAAGAGAAAUUUUGGACACAACUAGUGGCUCGAUACCAGCGAUCCUUCGCACUUCACGAAGCACAGCAUAUACUCUCUGCAUUAAACAUUGCAAUUCCAGAUGACCUUGGUGCUUCCAAUGGCUCCAUUGGGGGACACGAAGGCGUUCAGAACUCCAGUUUCGGUCGCAACCAAUUUCAAUUCCCCCUUGAAGGCAAUACGCCUUCUCCUACCAGUUCUGCCGAACGUGACACCAACCUUGCAAUCCUCAGCAAGGCUAUAGACGUCCUAGAGCGGGUCAAGAAGAUGGCACAGGCGCCAGCCAGGAGGGGUGGCCGCAACAGGAGAGGCGGCACCCCAAGCUUUGACUCAAUACCACGCGCCAGGAACUACGACAAAGCUGUCCAGUGCUACGAGCAAGCACGCCUUUUAGUGCCUUCGGAGGGCAAUCCAUCACAUCAGCUGGCCAUUCUCGCUUUCUAUCAGGGUGACAUGUUCAGUUCGCUUCUCCACUAUUACAGGGCGCUUUGCGUCCGUCAGCCUUAUGACACCGCAUCCGAGAAUGUCAAGAAAAUUCUCAAUAAAUCGCUCGAUCAGCAGGCCAAGAGGACAAGGGAAGGGGUGCAAGCGGCCCCCGAGAUUGGCGAUCUACCUCCACGUAUGAGAGUCGAGUCCUUUAAGGAGAAAGUCGUGUUGUUGCAUGCAUUAUGGCGAUUAGGUUCAGAUAAAUCAAGGUUAAAUCCUAUUGCCCACGCAGCAGAUGUCGUCAAGGAUUUCGCCGCUCUUGUUUCAGAGCGCGUUCUUCCAAUUGAUGCUGUGACCAAGGUCAUUGUUCUCUCUGAGGGAGCAUUGUGGAAACAUCGCAUGAUCCGGGACACGUCUCCACCUUCGAAUAGGAGAUCUGGGGGAAUUCCUGACCCAGCUACCGUCGAAUCCCAGAUCUUGAAGCAUGUUCUUGCAAUUUAUCAGUCUCUCCUGGAGAUAGGCGCUGAUGAACUUGCCCUUCCACCGGAAGACGCAGCUGAGAAUGACCUUGCGCAACGGAUCACCGCAGCAUUCAGGCGCACUCUACCCGCGUUGCGUGUUGCGAGCAAGUGGUUGUUAGCAAAUCUCAAAUAUGUGGCGCAUGCUACACGCCCUGCGGGAUCAAGCCAGGUCGAGGAAAUUCAAGGCGUAUUUGUUUCAGACAUGCCAGUUUUUUGGCAGCAUUACUCGCGUUUUUACAGCGCCCUCUACCGGCUAUUCCCAAUAGAGAAACUACCUCCGUUGCUCUCUCCACUGGAUGAGGACGUGGACCUUAGAGGCUUUCUUCCACUGCGGAGCCUCAUGAUUGGCGAUACUUCUACAAUCGUGGGCACCGAUGCGCGCAAAGGGAACGGAGUGACCGCUGUGGGACCGCAGGGCCGCGACAACGUUCACCCAAAUGAAGAACAGCUAAUGAGGAUAUCCGAUUUACUCAAAGAUGUUAAGAAUCUCGCCGAAUCACCAGAUUCUCCGAUCAAACUGCAGGGUGAUACAUUCAAGUCUCUGCUUGAAAUUACUGCUGCAGCACCUGUGGCUCAGGUUCAGGCAAUCGGUGCGGAUCCUGUGAAGACGCCUAUUACGCCUGUAGUCCAUUCUCUUGAUGUUUUUGACUUGAUGCCACGGGAGGCCCUUCCGGAAGAGGAUGCUAUGACUGAUACAGGGCGUACUGACAACGAUGAUCCAGUUGAAGAUGCAUUCAGAACCGUACUGAACGCCGAGACACAUGAUGAAGGUGAUGAACUAGACGAUGACGUCGUAGUUUGGGACCCAAGGGCUUCCACUUCGCCGCCGGGAGUGUUAUCGGCUCUGCCGACGACACCCAUAUUGGCAUCAAGCAUGACCAACAACAACUUCAUCAGCCCCAGUUCAUCCAUCGCUGUGUCUCCAGGUCGUAUGGUCUCGGCAUCGCCACCUUCUGCCUUCACAGGAAUGACGGCUCAGGAUUUAUUGAACAGUUUCUCCAAAGUCGGUGGUGACAUUGCACGAUCUCCCCGCCACCAGUCUGUUGCACCUCCAUCUCAAUUUCUUUUUGGCUCUGGGCCCUCGAACGCUCCACCUUCGAUAUGGUCAACGACUCUUGAUCAGAACCUGCCAAAUCUCAAUCCCAGGGCCGCAUUGGUGACCAAUCAGUCUCAGGCUUUGCCUACACAUAGUGUCGAGCACAAUUUAUCGACGCCAAGCAACCGAGAUAUACACCCCUCUAACCGGCCUCCCCCUCUAUCCUCUUUUGCACAUUCACAAUCCCCGUGGUCACCUUCCUUUGAAUCUGCGCAUGAUCCAUUAAAUAUUCACUCCGUCUCACGACCAUUUGGUCUCGGGCAACAUCGUUCGAUAUCACACUCGGCUAGUACGAUUCAGAGUUCACCUUCAUAUCAGACUGCACAUACCGCAGUGAGUCACCAACCCUUUGCGUACCCACAGGAACCACUGUACAUGAACGCGGAGAUCGCCACUGCUCCUCUUCCACCACCAUCGGGGCUACACUUCCAACAGGGUGGUGCAUUUAACCCUUCUGCGGUCCCUUUGCCGCAGCAGCAGUAUCCUCGGCCGAUGCAGCAUUACUCGAUUUCGUCUGUUUGGGGAAACAUUGGGUGA